AUGGUUCUGAACACACUGCUGCCCACCUUCCUGUGCACCAUCGUGCUGCCGGUGCUGCUGCUCCUAGUGGCUCUAAAGUUAUGGGAGGUGUACUCCCUGAGAGGCCGGGACCACAGCUGCCCUCGCCCGCUGCCCCCCGGCUCUAUGGGCCUGCCUUUCCUGGGAGAGACGCUGCAGCUCAUCCUUCAGAGGACAAAGUUUCUGCACAUGAAGCGUCAGAAGUACGGCUGCAUCUACCGCACACAUCUGUUUGGUAGUCCGACCGUGCGCGUCAUGGGCGCGGACAACGUGAGGCAGAUUCUGACCGGAGAGCACCGACUGGUCUCCGUUCAAUGGCCCGCGUCUGUGCGCACCAUCCUGGGCCCAGAAACUCUGUCCAGCGUCCACGGGAUCCAGCACAAGUCAAAGAAGAAGGCCAUCAUGCGGGCUUUCUCCAGGGAGGCUCUGGAGCUGUACGUCCCCAUCAUCCAGGAGGAGGUGCGGGCAGCAGUGCAGGACUGGCUGUCCCGGGACAGCUGUGUGAUGGUCUACCCUGAGAUGAAACGCCUCAUGUUCCGCAUCGCCAUGAGGGUCCUCCUGGGCUUUGAACCAGAGCAGAUCAGGACCCAGGAGCAGCAGCUGGUGGAGGCGUUUGAGGAGAUGGUCCGAAACCUCUUCUCUCUGCCCAUAGACAUGCCCUUCAGUGGCCUGUACCGGGGACUGAAGGCCAGGAACUUCAUUCACUCCAAGAUCGAGGAGAAUAUCAAACAGAAGCUGCAGGACUGUGAAAAGGGCUCCAGGCCCCAGGACGCGCUCCAGCAACUCAUCGACAGCAGCCGCAAGAGCGGAGAGCCCCUGAGCAUGCAGGCCAUUAAAGAGGCGGCCACAGAGCUGCUGUUUGGGGGCCACGAGACCACGGCCAGCACUGCCACCUCAUUGGUCAUGUUCCUGGGCCUCAAUCCAGACGUAGUGAGCCGCCUCCGCACAGAGUUCGCAGAGAAGGAGGAGCAGGGGAUGGACCCCCACAACGUCACCAUGCAGGGGCUGGAGACGCUCAAAUACACCGGCUGCGUCAUCAAGGAGACGCUGCGGCUCAACCCCCCGGUCCCUGGAGGUUUCAGAGUUGCUCUGAAGACGUUUGAACUAAAUGGUUUCCAGAUCCCCAAAGGCUGGAACAUUAUCUACAGCAUCUCCGACACUCAUGAUGUCACAGAUAUAUUUCCUCACAAAGAGGAGUUUCAGCCCGAGCGCUUUCUGUCCUCGCCCAGCUCCGACUCCACCCGCUUCCACUACAUCCCCUUCGGGGGGGGCAACAGGAUGUGUGUGGGGAAGGAGUUCGCCAAAGUCCUGCUCAAGAUCCUUCUCGUAGAACUGGUGUCCAAGACCCACUGGACUCUCCUCAACGGACCCCCCACCAUGAAGACGGGCCCCACAGUGUACCCUGUGGACAACCUGCCCACCAAGUUCAUGAGCUACACCUGA